UUGACUGUUUUACCGAUACGGAAUUCGAAGUUCAGCCUCGACGCUCGCAUAAGAAAAUUAACUGGUGAAAAUUACUGCAUUAAAGUCUUUUAUUCGUGUAUUUCGUAACACUUUAUUUGAUACAAUGGGAAAACGAAAAGCUAGCGAUAUUGCAGGAAAUCCAAAUCAAGAUUUAUCUGAUUUUUUAAUGGAAUUAGCAAAUUAUGAGAGAAACGUAAAUAAAAAUAUAUACAAGUAUACCGCUUAUCGAAAGGCGGCUGGAACUUUAAGUAGUUUAUCAGAAAGAAUAAAAAGUGGCCAGGAAGCAAGAAAGCUACCUGGGAUUGGGGAAAAAAUUGCCAAAAAAAUUGAUGAAUUUCUUAGUACUGGAAAACUACAGAAAUUGGAAGAUAUCAAUAAGGAUGAAAGUAAUGUUGCAAUUAAUUUGUUAACUCGUGUAUCCGGUAUUGGACCUGCAAAAGCAAAAGAGUUAGUGGAUGCUGGUGUUAAAAGUUUGAAUGAUUUAAAGAAACAUCAGGAUAAAUUGAAUCAUCAUCAGAAGAUUGGCCUUAAAUAUUUUGAAGAUUUUGAGAAAAAAAUUCCUAGGGAAGAGAUUGAACAAGUUGAAAAAAAUAUGAAAGAUGCUAUUACAGAACUGAGUAGUCAAUAUAUUGUAACCAUUUGUGGAAGCUACAGACGUGGUAAAGAGGAAAGCGGAGAUAUUGAUGUUUUGUUAACGCAUCCAACAUACACUUCUAAAGAAAAAGAAUCAAAGAAAAAGAUUUCACUUUUGAAAGAUGUUGUAGAAUGUCUUGAAAAAAAGAAAUUAAUCACAGAUACAAUAUCCCUUGGGCCAACCAAGUUUAUGGGUGUCUGUCAUCUUCCAAAUAAUGACAGUAAACCAUAUAGAAGACUUGAUAUUAGGCUGGCACCUUAUGAUCAGUAUUAUUGUGCUGUGUUGUAUUUCACUGGAAGCGAUCUUUUCAAUAAAAGUAUGAGGGCACAUGCCUUAGAAAAGAAGUACACCUUGAAUGAGUACUCGUUGAAACGGCUCACACCUGAAGGAACUCCGGGAGAGGCAGAAACUAUUACGUGCGAAGAAGAUAUUUUUCGAAUUUUAGAAUUACCGUACAAAGUACCAAAGGACAGGAACUUAUAAAUAUUUAUGUUAUAAUAAUGUCCUUUCGAUAAAGAAGAUACCCGACUAUUGCCCACAAAGUUGUCGUCCAUAAAUUCAUAGCAAGAAGAGAUGCGU